AUGUGGCGCUUCAUCAACAAUUCCGUUGCACCCCGGCUCAAAGUGCCCAAGCGGGCACCCGAAGACCCGACAGAGUUCGCCAGCGCCUGGAAGCGACGGAAAGAUGCCGAAGUCACUCUAGCCAGUGAGACGCAGCAACAGCAGAAAUCCAGCGCGCCGCUGAUGCAGAAUGAAGAUGAUCGAACCGAGCCCAUCGCCGCAGUCGAGGAUUGGUUGUUCAGCGCUGAGUUCAACGACAGGAUCGAGCCUCCGUCAGAUACUACACCAGUCGAUCAGGAAUUAGACGAGCUUGCCGACUUGCCGCCACCAGCACCCGAGGACGAAGCAGUGAACUCCGACACCCUGACAACUAUGAAAAUCAUUCAGCAGGCGCUUGCGGAAGCGGAGCUUAGCGAGUGUACACAACCUCUCGCCGAUGAGCCGGCUCUGCCUCCCUCUGCCCUUCUCGAAAAUCUUUCCCCGCCUGAAGCAGAAGAAGACGUCGGAUUCGAAGAUCCAUAUAACCAAGACGUCGGCCCAAGCGUCCAGAACGAUGCCGGCGUCGAGGUUCUUCCGGAUAACGCAGAGCUGGAUUCUUCGGAGCCGAUACACCAUACACCCAAACCCUUCAACAUGUCGCCAUUCAUCUUCGCAUUUGCACUCUGGGAAAAGAAGCACAACAUCUCCAGAACCGCCCAUUCUCAUCUCCUUGAGGUCCUUCAACUUGCAACGUCUCUAGACGAGUUCCAGCGCAUCCCCCAGCGAAAGGACAAGUUGUCACGGCAAAUGAGAAACAUCCUUCCCCUCUCCACGUUACGACAGUCGACCGUGAAACUGGAUCAGGCACAGAUGGGAUCAAGCACCCGACUUGACACUACGGUUUUAGCAUUCGACAUGGAGAGCUUGGCCGUCAGCCUGCUCAGUUCAUCGGCAAUAUCAGACAAGGUGUACCGCGGGUUUGCGCAGAUUGUUGAGGGACCUGUCCUCGAACCUUGGCAGGCACGGUGGUGGGGAGAGAGCGUGCGGUCAACAAGUGGGAAAUUCUUCAGUUAUGCGGACAGUGGCCCAAUCCUCCCGUCAGACUUCGUGUACUGGAGAUGUGCGCCGGCCGAGCCGGCAUGGCCCUGCACAUCGGGCCAAUGCAGAAACCUCCACAUGGGAAGAGUGCGAUAUUGCGGCAUCGAUGCCAGGACAGAGCACCCCCAAAAUGCGACUGUCAAAAUCCAGAGGGUGUUCAGACGGUCCGAUCUUCCGGUUGAUUGGCAGGCAGCCAUGGAUAGCACGGUCUCGGCCGACAUUGGCACCGAAUCGACGGAGUUGGUGAUGGAAGUCAAACAACGACUUUUCACUCUACCCUGCACACAUUGUCCGGCACCUCCCUGGGGGUGGUCCUCGACUACAAGUUCAACCCCACAGACGGCGAACACCAGCCUGCGACAAGCCAGUUCGUCAUCCGGCAGGGACACCAUCAUCACCAAGUUUGUCGGAGAUGAUAAAAUCUCUUUGCCGUGGGCCCUCUUCUGCGACGCCUUUGGCCUCUACAACAACAUGUACCGGGCGACGAUGGGGUUCUAUCUGACCGGGCUUUUCUUUGAGGAAGUGGUUGCGAGGGAAGAGGGGAAGGGAUUUUCCCACUCACAUUGGAGACCACAUGGCACCGACCUUGCAGAACAUCGUCCAGUCGUUGUUCCAUAUGAAGACUUUGGAUUCCGGGAAAACAUCUUAGGAUUGGUGGCCGAGAUGUCUUCCUGCAACAUCCCUAUCGACCAGCGGGGAAACCUCGAGUACAACAUUAUCGACAAUGGCCGGUACUAUAUGCAACAUUUGGACAACAUCUCGUUUGUCCGAGGCUUGUCUUCCAAGAGGGCCAAGGAUGAGGCGGAAAAAAGACUCGGCGUCGUAUGCAAUGGGGAAGUGAUGGCCAACAUCACCAAGCUCUUUCCUGCUCUUGACGUUCUUCGGUCCCGUCCGAUUGAUGCUGCACAUUCCGAAUUCGCCGGAAUUGCCCGCGUCAUGCUUGAUGUCCUUUUUAUGCCGGAUGGCCUGCUCCUCGAACCGGCCAGAAAUGAGCUUGCCAAGGUGUACCAGGAUUUCACGUUUCCACCUGGGUGGUCUGCGCUCCAGAAUCCCAAGACGCACAGAGGGUCAUACAAGAUGAAUGAACAUGCCCGGAGCUCAGUUCUCACACCUGUCAUUCUCCGCUGUUGGCUCCGGCCCCGCCACGUCAGACCCGAUCUCCAUGAGCUCCUCGUCCGGUUCGCGCCCCAAUUCCUCGACACAUCUAUCCGGUUUCCAUACAACUUUGCCGCUGUCAACGCCUCGGACUGGAUCAUCGUAGCCUUUUGGAGCUUUACCUUGUCUGUCCUUACGAUCUUCGGCAGAAAUCUCACCGAUCUCUAUGACGAUUUUGCCCGCGUUACUUUGCACGGACGGAAGGCGGUGCAGUUUCUUUUCCAUGUUCUCGGAGAAGCUAAGAAAUUAGCAGGCAUCCGGGGCGAGGAAAAGAGACAGAAAGCCGAUGCUCAGAAGCCCCGAGGUGCCAGUCGGGUCUCACUCUCAGCAGCCGCUACCAUAUCAGCAAUUCAUGCACACUCUGGCCUCUCCCAUCCAACCCAAACGGUCCCGCCCCCGCCUCCUUCAGUGGUUUCUAUCAUGUCAACAACGCGACAACGCAAAUCGCCAGAACAGAAAUCCAACGAGUACCUCAACAUCAAAGGUCUGCCCAAUAUUCAUCAGAUCCUCCAUCUUCCAUUGCAUGAAGCGGAGUAUGGCUGCCGCUUAACCCUGACCUUUACCGGCGAGACAAAGCACAAGGAUUAUAUCAGCGACGUCUUUGCGACGAACAGUCGGGACCCAGCGCCGACGCUCAUCCGCCGAGAAAAUGAACGGCAGGCGAUUUCUUUCGCCCUCGCGGGCUGUUUCGAGAACCGAUUUCCUGACGUGCAUAACGCGUUCAGCGUUCUACGACCCGCAUGGGUCAAGAGCAGGAGGGAUCCUUUGCUCAAGGUGCUUAGCCCACGUCAAGAGAAGGACAGCUGCGAGUUUAUGCAGCUCUUCAGGGCAGCACUCUCCAAGGAUUACAACCGGCCAUUUGUGAUGUCUUGGGGGAAGGGCCAGUUCCAAUGGGCAGAAAAGCUGUCAUUUGCGAUCAGGGAAUCAACAACUAGGAGGCUUUUUACACUUGGCAACUUCAUCCGUGUCCUAGGCGGCGACUUGAGAUACUUGGACAAUUGCACGGCUUGA